ACCAAAUCCCAAAUAUCCGUUCCCUGAUAAAAUACAAGCGCACCAAAAUCAUGAACAAAUGAAAGGAGAGCUGUUGAAGCUUUAAUCAAAGAUCUCUCCUUUUCGCAGCAGAGGGAUCCGUUUCUUCUUCUUCUUCUUCUUCUUACCGAAAUCACUUAAGUGUGUCUGAUUCCAGCAUUUCUGCGUGUUUUUAUUGUAACCUAAUCCUGUAUUGAUCGAUGGAAUAGCAGCAAGUUCCAAAUCUCUUUCUGGAAAUCUCCCUCCCGGCGACCAGAUCGAUUUCUUCCGCGGUGGGUUUUCGCAACUCCCAAUUCAUCAAUUUUCGUGGGGUUUCAAAUUUCUCCGGAUACCAUCGAUCAAAUCGAUCAAUACCCAUUACUAUAAACCCAUUUCAGAGGAAACCCACAAGGAAGAACGACAAUGAAGAUGGCGGCGAACGGCCGGUUCUUCACAAUAGGGCUUGUGGCGGCGUGGUAUUCGUCGAAUAUUGGAGUGUUGUUGCUGAACAAGUACUUGCUUAGCAACUAUGGCUUCAAGUACCCGAUCUUCCUCACCAUGUGCCACAUGACUGCGUGUUCGCUCCUGAGUUACGUCGCCAUUGCUUGGAUGAAGAUGGUCCCUAUGCAGACGAUCCGAUCCCGAGUCCAAUUCCUGAAGAUCUCAGCGCUCAGCCUCGUUUUCUGUGUGUCGGUGGUCUUCGGGAACGUCUCUCUCCGGUUUCUUCCGGUUUCGUUCAAUCAGGCUAUUGGCGCCACGACUCCGUUCUUCACGGCGGUGUUCGCUUACCUGAUGACGCUGAAGAGGGAGGCUUGGUUGACUUACAUCACUCUCAUCCCUGUUGUUACUGGUGUUAUCAUCGCCAGUGGGGGCGAGCCAAGUUUUCACCUUUUCGGAUUCAUUAUGUGCAUUGCAGCCACAGCUGCAAGAGCACUUAAAUCAGUGCUUCAAGGCAUUUUGCUUUCUUCGGAAGGGGAGAAGCUUAAUUCCAUGAACCUCCUCCUCUACAUGGCUCCCAUAGCAGUUGUGUUCCUUCUGCCAGCUACCCUUAUUAUGGAGAAAAAUGUUGUCGGCAUUGCACUUGCUCUUGCAAGAGACGAUUUCAGAAUCGUUUGGUAUCUGCUAUUCAAUUCUGCACUUGCCUAUUUCGUGAACUUGACCAAUUUCUUAGUCACUAAACACACCAGCGCCUUGACACUUCAGGUGUUAGGAAACGCCAAAGGAGCGGUGGCGGUGGUGGUCUCGAUUCUAAUAUUCAGGAACCCUGUCUCAGUGACCGGAAUGCUCGGUUACUCCCUCACAGUCUGUGGAGUGAUUCUUUACAGCGAAGCCAAGAAAAGAAGCAAAUGAGAUAGAAAGCAACCGACACCAGAAUUCAUUCAUCAUUCCUCCAAACACUUUCACUCUUCUUCACUUCAUAUAUGUAUAUGUUUUAUAUAGUUUCUUCCUCUUCUUCCCUCUGGAACACAGUCUGCUCCUCCUCUAUGCUGCGAGCAAAACCUGACACAGCAUGCAUCAUCUCUCUUACCAAAAGGAAGCUGAGCCAAAGGUGAGAUUUUGUAGCAACACAGGAAGCUUGCUGGAUAGAGUACCAAAACAAGAGUUCAGAGGAUUUCCCAAUAAGUGACUUCUUUUUUCAAUUCCCUGUGGCAUUGGUUGGUAGUCUGUUCUAAGGGUAACAUCGAUUUGGGUUGUCAAUUCUUUUAUCAUCAUACAUUUCCUAAUGAAAAAGGGCAAUGAUUUUUACAAAUUUUGUUCAUGUAUUUUGUAGUUCUGAAAUCAUCAUCUAUGGAAAGCAAUUCUGCAAUGAGAUGGGCUGUGAAAUCACAGAUAGGGUUUUUGUUGGCAUAGAUUCUUCAAGGAGAGAGCACUCAUGCCUGUGACCGGAGAGGCCUGAAACUGCAAAGCAUAGAAUCAGUCUGAAUCUGACAGAGAGAAGAGCACUGAAAAA